CCCACUCACAGCCUUUCCAGUCACAGAUUCUUUCCGUGCAGAACAGGAUGCUUCACAUGAUGCUCAGACAUUUUAAUAACUUCAGCUGUGGUGCCUUCACUGUCCUGUCCUACACUGUGCUUUUCCCUGCAUUAAUUCAUCUGUGUACAGGUCAGGGUCAGGUGUCCAGUCCUUCUAAACCCUUGGUAUCACUGGUUGGACACAGUGUAACUCUGCCAUGUCACCUCGAUCCUGCUGCUGAUGCUUCACAGCUGACGGUGGAAUGGACCAGAUCAGACCUGGACCCUCGCUUCGUCCUGGUGUGGCGUGACGGUAUAGAACUGGAAAGUAAAAAAAAUCCAUCCUACACCAACAGAACAACAGUGUCCCCUGAGAAACUGAAGCUGGGAGACGCUUCGCUGAGGCUGUCCUCAGUAAGGCUGUCUGAUGAGGGGACGUACAGAUGUUUUAUUCCACAACUGAGAGACUCUAAAGUUCCGCUGGUUGUAGGUGCUGCCUCCUCACCUGUUAUUACUACAGUAGAUGAUCAGCAGAGCGGAGGAGUGGUGCUCCAGUGUCGUUCCUCUGGCUGGUAUCCAGAGCCGCAGGUGUUGUGGCUGGAUGAGGAGGGAAACCUCCUGUCUGCUGGACAUCCACACACACAGACAGUCCGAGGUCCUGAUGACCUCUAUACUAUCAGCAGCACAGUGACUGUGGACAACAAACACCAGAACAUCACCUGCAGAAUCACACAGAACGGCAUCGCACAAACCAGAGACACCCACGUACAUGUUCCAGGUCAUUCCAGUUCAUCUGCUCCUCUCCUGGUCGCUGUGAUCGCUCUCGUACUGUCGCUCAUUGCAGUGGCUUUUAUUGUCCACAGAUGUAAACAGAGAAACAAGAAGAGUAACCAGGGGGAUGUGGAAUCACAGAAAGGAGAAGAGAAGAAUGACUGUGAGAGUCCUGAAAACACUCCUCUGCUAAAAACAGAAACAGAUGGAGGGAAACGUUCAGAGAAGGAGGAGAAUGAGAGGACGAAGACCCAGGAGGAAAGAAGACAACAAGGACAAGAAGAGCAGGAGACAGUCCAGAACCAGAGACAACAAGGACAAGAAGAGCAGGAGACAGUCCAGAACCAGAGACAACAAGGACAAGAAGAGCAGGAGACAGUCCAGAACCACGGACAAAGGGUGAACGAAGGAGCAGAACUUCAGACUGGAACACAACAACAUGGACACACAUGUGAUGGUAAUGUGGAAAACGGUGACGCAGACAGUGAUGGAAACAUGGGAGGAGAUGAACCUCCACCUGUUAGUCACAGCAAAGACCCUCUGAAAAAACAAGAUGAAGACAAAACACAAGAAGAAGAUCCUGAAGUUCAACGUGGAAGUGAGGAGACAGGAGCUCAGGUUCAGAAAGAGGAAGAAAAUCAUGAAGAACAACUUCAGCUGAAAGCAGAAAAAGAAGAAAAAACAGCAGAUGAAAAGUUGGAACCCCUGAAGAAUAAACUAAAGCAAAUAGAAAGAGAGAAGAAGAAAGCUGAAGAUGCAAUUUCCAGAAAGAAUGAGAACAUAAAGGACCAAGAGAAUCAGCUGAAUGAACUGAAAAAGCAAAAGGAGGAGGUGGAGAGGAGACUCCAAGAAGAGGACAUGAGGAAUAAAACAGAGAAAGAAAGAGAAGACACCAUGAAAGACCUGGAGAAGAAGAAGGAAGAACUUCAACAGGAAAUACAAAAGUUAGAGAAAGGACUGGAGAGAAACCAGAGAGAAAAGACUCAUGUUGAAACAAAGAAGUUAAAAUUAGAGAAAGAAAAGAGUGAAAUCAUGACAAAACUAGAGUUACCGAAACAGAGAGAAGAGGAUGAAGAGGAGGAUGAAGAUGAAGAUCUGUAG